GCAAGGACAUACCAUUUUUGUGUACACCUUGCUCUACCGCAACCAUCAUCUAUAUUCCAGACCAGUAACAAUGGCGGCUGUGCUAAACCUGCAAACCACGACAGUAUACUAUCCCUUAUCUUCAUCUCUAUAUAUUAAGAAGUUUUCUCCACCGCAAUUCCAAUGCAUACCGCUAUCAUUCACCAGAAAGAGAUCUAUAUUCCUCUCGCCUCCAUAUUCUUCGCUCCACAACGUAUGCCACCCCUCGGCCCGGGUAAAAGACGAGGAAGAAACAGUCAUCGGAGAUUGUGUGGUCUUCGAAGAAGGUGUUUUCGACGAUCCCUUUUUGCAUCCGAAAAUGGUUGAACCCAUAAGAAAACGCGAUGUCUCUAGACAGAGGAGCAAUUCGGGCAAAGUGGAGCCCGAGAAUCUCAUUCCGGAGGACUGGGCUGAUGUUCAAAAGGAAAUCAAUAUUACGAAGAAGGAAAAGAGGAGGCUGGCGAGGGAAUUGGAAUUCGGGAGCCGCGUAGAGAAGAGGAGGAUUGGGCUGAGACCAAUUGUACUCGAUAAUCCCGUGUUUCCUGGAGCAGAAGAGGAAGGAAAUUGUGAGAAAAGUGGCGAUGAGUGCUCAGUUUCAAGUGUCUCCAAUACCAGAGUAGAGCCGAGGAACCCUAGACAAGCUGUGGAUGGCGGUGAUUUGGAUGAUAUAAGAGAGUUCUUCAAUGGUGAGAAUUAUGCGCCUAGUUGCAAAAGUAAAUAUGAAGAAGAUGGAUUGGCACAUCUUGGGAAGCUUUAUAUCACUGCUUCUUGCCGCAACAACGGCUUGCACUCUAUUAGCAACAUCCAAGGGCUUGCAAGGGAAAAACGUAAUAUUGAAUGACUCCUUAGAUCGUUCCAUUUCUACACUUGAUGUUUAUUGUCUUUCAUUACAUUGGCUGGCCAAUAGGGCGUAUUAUGUUAUUGUCAAAGACUCAAUGGAGGACUUCUCAUGAAUAAGGAAGGUCCCUGAUCUUGCCGCCAGUUGCUAUCUCUGGGAGUUCCCAACUUUUCAAAUUAAAUAGCUAAAUUGAUUGCUUUAACUCACAUGUUCAUUGUAUAUUAUUCCUUAUAUAUGGCUAUGGAAUAUUGGAAUGCUAGAGAAAAGCCUAGCAUGCUUAUAUUACUCGCAUAACCGAUUACAUUGAACAAGCUUUAUUUAUAAAAAAACAUGUAUUCUGGUAAUUAACUGCGAUUGGCUUGAUGCGGUGUACCAGUGAUGCUUUAUCACAUACUUUUUCACGACUAUCAUUCCAUGUUUCAAAAUGCAUGGUAAGGAAAUUCCCC